AGAGGGCUGAGAGUGAGAUCACUGAAGGUGCUGUCGGAGUGCCACAGCCCCCCACCUCCCCACCCCACUGGCUCCAAGAACACCCAAGCUGCAUUCUUGACAAAGUCUCAAGUCUCUUGUUUGGAGACCAGAAAGCUCCUCGACAGAUCUCUGAGGACGGUGCAGAAGAAGUGACUAGGGUUUACGGCAUUAAUUCAGCCUCAUACUGAGAGAGUUAAUUUACCAGCAAUGUCUCUGAAAGGUGAUGUGUGUGUGGUGACCGGAGCAUGUGGAUUCCUAGGACAGAGGCUGGUCAGGCUGCUGCUGGAGGAAGAGCAACUGGCUGAGAUCCGACUUCUGGACAAGCACAUACAGCCUCAACUUGUACAGGCUCUGGACGACUUAAAAGGAGAGACAAAUGUGGCUGUUUAUGAAGGGGACAUCAGGGAUGGUGAGUUCCUGAGAAAAGCCUGUCGGGGAGCAUCAAUCAUCUUCCACAUCGCAUCUAUCAUUGAUGUUAUUGGAGCAGUGGACUACAGGGAGCUUUAUGGGGUCAAUGUCAAAGGGACCCAGCUGCUCCUGGAGGCAUGUAUACAAGAGAACGUGGUGUCAUUUAUCUACACCAGCAGUAUCGAGGUGGCAGGGCCCAACCCCAAAGGUGACCCCAUAAUCAAUGGCAAUGAGGACACAGUUUACAACUGCUCCCUAAAGUUUCCCUACAGCAAGACCAAAAAGGAAGCUGAACAGAAAACGCUGCAGGCCAAUGGCGAGGUGCUGCAGAACGGAGGCCGGCUGGCCACCUGUGCCCUCAGACCUAUGUACAUCUACGGAGAAGGGUGUCGCUUCCUCCUGGGCCACAUGGCUGACGGGAUCCGAAACAAAGAUGUUCUGUACCGGGCCUCAGCCCCAGAGGCCCAUGUGAAUCCUGUGUACAUUGGCAACGUGGCUCUGGCCCACCUCCAGACAGCCCGUGGCCUCAGAGAUCCACAGAAAAGAUCCAUCAUCGGAGGGAAUUUUUACUACAUUGCUGACAAUACACCACCGGUGAGUUAUUCAGAUUUCAACCACGUUGUGAUGUCACCUCUGGGGUUCCGCAUUCAAGAGAAGCCAAUGCUGCCACUCUGUCUCCUCUAUGUGCUCUGCUUCUUUUUGGAGAUGUUGUGUAUGAUGCUUCGCCCCUUCAUAAGCACUGUCCUGCCGCUGAACCGACAGCUCCUCGUCAUGUUGAAUACACCGUUCAGCUUCUCCUACCAGAAGGCCCAGAGAGACCUGGGAUACACCCCCAGAUACACCUGGCAGGAAGCACGCAGACGCACCACCGAAUGGCUUGCCUCCCAGUUGCCAAAGGAGAGAGACAGAAUAAGGGCUAAAUAAUUGCUGAAUAAUAAUUACCAGUGGCGGCCGGCCAAUAGAGGGCGCUAGGGCGCCGCCCCACCACUCCCAACAUCCUGCAGUAGACAUGAAUAAAAACUGCUGUAAUAUGAAAUAUAUCCUGUAGUAUAUUUUAAAUGACCAAUCCAGCAAGUUAGAUAGAUAGAUAGAUAGAUACUUUAUUCAUCCCGAAGGAAAUUCACAGUUUUCAGCAGAGUACAAGAUUGAGUAAAUCAAAAAUAAAGAAUAAGUAAAUCAAAAUAAAGAAUAAAAGAUGAC